UGAGGGGGGGGCGGGCAUUGUGUGGGAAAAAGCUGGUGCGGAAUGAGUGAGUCACACUGAUCUCCCGGGGCUCCAGAAGUCAGGAUUUCUCCUCCGGGCUCCGGAUCCCCAUUCACACCAAGUCUUCAGCAUUUAUCUGACUCGUUACUGCAGGAUGGAGCCAGCAGACAGCUUCAGCUCUUCUAGAGUAUUAGCAAGUCCCGCUGCACAAACCAGGUGAAGUACAGAUUCAAUGCAGUUAAGCAUUUGAUAUCCUUGGUCUGCAAUAACAGGAGAGGAGAUAAAUCUCCCAGUUCUUUCUGAACAAGGAUUUGGACACAGCCACUCAAAUUCUUGAUAUCUAUCUGUAUUGAAAGAUUUAAGUUGGACUUCAAUUGUUGGAAUUUAGCUGUAACCUAAGAAUUGUGGCAAAGACUUUGUGGAUCUCCAAUUAAGAAAAAAUGAGUGUCUCAGCAAGUAAUCCUCAUGGAGGCCCUUUUUCUCCUCUUCGUCUUCUGAGAAAACAUGUAAUCACCCUUGGUGCAUCUGUACAAACUUCAUGAAGAAUACACUGCAGUACUAGUUGAUUUAGUAGAUUCUCUCAUCAAUGUGAUUUUUUUUAAAAAAACAUCCUUCAGAGUUAUAGAGAUCAAUUCAUCUUGAGCCUAUCCAGUCACUUGCUUCAGGGAUUUCUGCAGAAAUACCAUGUCUAAUAACACAGAGAUUAUCAAUCUUUCAUUUUUAUUGGAACAUGAGAAGGAAAUGAUCCUGGGAGUCUUAAAGAGAGAUGAAUACUUGAAGAAAGUUGAAGAUAAGAGAAUAAGGAAAUUGAAAAAUGAGCUUUUAGAAGCAAAACGGAAAGGUGGGAAAAAGCAGCAAGAUGGCAGCAGGACUUGUGUUCGAUGUCAGAAAAAUUUGGGCUUGAUUUUUGACCGGGGAAACAUAUGCGAAGCAUGCAUGCUCCGAGUUUGCAGUGAGUGUCGGAUUGUGGGCAUUGAUGGCAAUUGGAAAUGCACAGUCUGUGCCAAGAUUGCGCAGCUAAGGAUUGUAACAGGUGAAUGGUUUUUUGAAGAAAGGGCAAAGCGCUUCAAACAAGGCACCAUUCUGGGAACAGAUGUGGUCAGACAGUCUAUUCUAAGAAGGAGUCCAGCUGAAGGACGACAAAGCCAAGAACAAGCUCUCCAGGAUGCUCAGAAGUCAGAUGCUUCAGCUUUUUCAGGGCAGAAAUCUACACUGGAUGGACCCAAGAAGAAGGGAUUUCUACUUAGCAAGUUCAGAUCAGCAACCCGAGGAGAAAUCAUAACUCUGAAAACUGAGAGUGGAAGAAGCUACAGCUUGGACCUGAACUCCUCUCAUUUUCAUAAUCCAAGGUCAUCUUCUGGUUCUGAAAGAGGAAAUGUCUCACCAGACAUCAACGAAUGGGAGGCUAAUCCUGUGAGCCUGAAAGGUAACCAGGGCAAUGGCACCAUCCCCCGGACACAGAGGUCACCAGCCCUAAGUAGCCGCAGUUCAACUAGCAGCAGAGAUCAUGGUUUAGAAAAUGCCAUGGUUGUGACUGCCAGUGAAAGUGUCUCUGAAAAUUUAACAAAAAGACAUCAGAGGAGGGCUUCAGGAACUCCUUCUAUAGCUGUCUCUAGGGUUUCUCUCUCUUCAGAUAGGAGUCGGUCUGAAUUAGAUUUGAGUGGGUCGUUUUCAGAAGACAUAGAGGAUACUGUCAGCAUAAGAAGUAAAUCUGUGCCUGGAGCUUUAGACAAGGACUUGGACUUCCUGGAUGAAACAGAGGAAGAUAUUGAUGAUUUAUUGCCCUCCCGAUUAUCUCCAAAUGUCAACAGCUUAGCAAGUGGAUUAUCAACUAAUUCUCAAACAGACUCUGAUAAGAAAUGGACCUACUUAAAUGUUCCUGAUGUGGAUUCUGAUACUACCAGCCUUAACAGCAUGAUGAGUGUUUAUAGUGAAACGGGGGACUAUGGCAACGUGAAGGUCAGCGGUGAAAUCCUUCUGAACAUCAGCUACUGUUACAAAACCGGCGGGCUCCACAUUUUUGUAAAGAAUUGCAGAAAUCUAGCCAUAGCAGAUGAAAAGAAACAGAGAACAGAUGCCUAUGUUAAGUCAUAUCUUCUUCCUGACAAAUCUCGAAACAAUAAGCGCAAGACCAAAAUAAAAACAGGCACUAAUCCAGAAUUUAAUGAAAUUCUAAAGUAUACCAUUAGCCACACUCAGCUAGGAACAAGAACCCUUCAGCUUUCUGUCUGGCAUUAUGACCGAUUUGGAAGGAACAGCUUCCUUGGAGAGGUAGAAAUUCCUUUUGAUUCAUGGAACUUUGAAAAUCCAAGUGAUGAGUGGUUUGUGCUCCAACCCAAGGUGGAAUUUGCUCCAGAUAUUGGUCUUCAAUACAAAGGAGAGCUGACUGUGGUCUUACGCUAUAUUCCCCCUGAGAAUAACCUAAUGCUCCCCCUUGAACAGCUUCAAGGAAAAAAGAGCUAUAAAAAGGGAAAGAAGAAAGAGGUUUCUUUGCCCUCUGGGGGACUAUUAGAAGUACUGAUCAAAGAAGCCAAAAAUUUGACAGCAGUGAAGUCAGGAGGCACUUCAGACACUUUUGUAAAAGGGUACCUACUUCCGGAUAUCACUAAAGCCACCAAGCACAAAACCCCAGUAAUCAAAAAGAACGUUAAUCCCCAGUGGAAUCAUACUUUUCUAUUCAGUGGCCUGAAUCCCCAAGAUAUAAAGAAUGUUUGCCUAGAAUUGACAGUCUGGGACAAAGAGGCUCUCACCAGUAACAUAUUUCUUGGCGGUGUUCGACUAAACUCUGGCAGUGGUAUGAGUCAUGGGAAGGAGGUGGAUUGGAUGGAUUCUCAGGGUGAAGAACAGAACCUGUGGCAGAAGAUGGCAAACAGUCCCGGUGAUUCUGUAGAAGGGGUACUGAUGCUGAGAUCCAGCAUGGGAAAACGUAGACUCUAAGAGGAGAUUGGUUCUGCCCAAGGUUGAGUCUUCAGCUGCCAGCCUGGCAUCUCUGGUUUCUUAGUCUCCUGAAAAUACCACGCCUGAUUCCAGCCAUUUCAUUUCACACUGAUAUUUUGCACUUAUGGAUAUUGGGAGAGACAAGGAAAGACUUCCAUGUCCUAAAUGUUUGGAUGUUUUUGUUGUAUGACUUACACAGCCCAUGUAUCUAAAUGUGCCUGAGCCAUCAUUGUUUUCAUUUACUGUUCAGCAAGUACCCUCUUUUCAUCCUAUAUUGUUAAAGAACAAUUCAUCCUUGGAUUUCAUACACUGAGAAGUUCAAGAGAAAUGGUAUAAGUUCACAUGAGAUUAGGGUACAGAUAUCAGGUUCCCAUCCUUUCCUGAUAAAGAUCUAAUCUUGGUUUCCUCCAAAUCUUAGGAUAACCUAGGGGUGGAAAGGCAAAGGCCACUGAGUUUAAUAGGCAUGAUUUUUAUAGAAGAAACUAUUGACCAUCUUCCCUUCUCUACUUGGAGUCCCCAUGAAGUGAAAGAAAGGCUGGCAAUCCUUAAAAGGCUUAAGCUGGUAGGUUGUGAUGACCUAUUAGUGACUCCUGGCAUAAAUAUAUCUGUCAUCUAUACUAACUUCAAAGAAGCCUAACAUUCUACCCUAUCUAGAGGGUUUUGCCCUUUUGUUUACAUUCGCUUUCUGGCAGUGACUUCCUUAUUAAAUGAAGAAUUUUCAGUACCUGCUUUAUAGAAAAAACACAGGUAUUUACCAUAGUCCCGUCCACCUCUUUCAGAAUUCUAGAAAAUGUGAAUGUUCCCCAAAAGACAGAUCCUAUCAGGCUAAUAUGGAUUGAUCAGAUAUCAAAGAUAAAUGUGUUAUGGAGCUUUAGAGCAUGCAGUGACUUCUAUGACCUUCUAGUCCAUUUUACAGAUGAAUAAUUCAGAGAAAUGAAACACAGUAAGGCAGAGGCAGAAGAGGGACCAGAACCCAGGGAUCCUGGGACAGAGAACAGUUCAGAGCUUUCCCCUCUAUACCAAAUAGAAUGACAGCACGAUUCCCAGGAGGUACUAAGGGUAGGACACCAAGGAGAUAGGCGGGUGAGUCUGGUUGUUUGAAUUCUCAACAGACAUGAAUACUGAUAUAUUCAGGAAUCUUCACCUGCCUCCACUUGUCACCUUGACAUUCAACACUAUCUAAGUGUUAAAGGGCACCUUCAUUUUGUCUUCAUUUUCCAGCAUUUACACAUUAUGGCUGACACAUAGUAGAUAAUAAAUAAAUACAUGUUGAUUGUUUGAUUAAUUUGUACAAGUUGGGGAGGGAGGAUGGAUGGGGAAGGAAAUAAGCAUUUGUUAAGUGCUGACAGUGUGCCAAGCAUUGUGCUAAGCAUUUUAUAAAUAUUGUUUCAUUUAAGCCUCACACCGACCCCAGGAAAUAUUAUAAAAUCUUUCCCAGAUACAAUGUUAGCAAAAGCAAUGUUUAUAUAAAGAAAAAUAACUGAAUUAAACAUCAGCAAAGCAGGAGUUAGACGCACUUCUGUCCAGCUUCAAGACAUUCUUUUCCUUCAGUUUGCUUAGCUACAUUAUGGGGAGAAUAAUACCUACCCUUCCUUUGUUGGCUGCUGAGGAUUAUUAAGGUGCUUUAAAAAACAGAGGUCAUGCUGUGCAUGUAAGAUUGUGUUAUUAGUAAGUGCAUAGUUUGAUAAAGGCUAGACUGAUUAUCAGACCCACUCCAGAAACUUAUUUAUCUUUCAUGUUCCUGAUUCAGUCUUGAGAAUUUAAGAAAGUGACUUAUAGUAUUUAUAAUACUAAGGUCUUGAACAGCACCAUCAAAGGUCAUAUCUCUUGCUUCUGGAAGACAGAAGCCAGAUUCUCCAACCUAAUUUUAUUUAUUGGGUUUUCUAGUUAGCUCACAUCCCUACUUCUUCAUUAAAACAAAACAUUACAAAGGAAAUCCAUUCAUUAAUUUUCAUAUAAUGAAGAGUGAUAAAGAUGAGCUGCCUGCAGAUUUGAUUAAAGUCAUAUAGUUUUUACUUGAAUUUUUAGAAUAAUGUAAAGCCUGAUAGUUGGUAAACUUUAUAAAUAGAAACUAUCUUAUUUUAUAGAGAUAAGAGACUGCUGGGUGGCUUAAUGAAUAGAGAACUAGGCCUAAAGUCAGGUGGACCUAAUCUGAAUUCAAAUUUGGACUCAGAUACUUACUAGUGGUGUGA